GUGUGUGUGUGUGUUCCUGUGGGUCAGCAAGAGCGGUGUCCGCAAGACACCCGCUGCCUGCCACCCGGACACAGGUGUUGAGGGGGUUUUGGAGUGCUUCCGAACGCAACCCGCCCGCUUACGAUCCAAUCAACAUACGCUACUAUCAAAGUGCCAUCACAGCGACGCUGCCUAAAGGCUUAGACGCAGCGCAGCGACCGGAGAGCGAACAGCCGUCAUCCCCGCCCGUUACCGCGAACGCCGGCACCGUGAGCAGCUACGCGCACCAGUACGCGUCAGUUGGGGGUCGCUACUGUCAACAACACCCAUCCACCGUGGCGCUCCACUCGACCGAGGCCCUGAUGGCCGGCUUCCUCAAGUCGUCCGAUCUCGGGCCGCACCCGCACGGGUACGGGUCCGCCCACCAUCCGCACCAUGCGCAUCCGCAUGGACCUUUACCGCCCGGAAUGCCUAUGACAUCGUUAGCCCCGUUCGGUCUUCCCCACGGGCUAGAUGCUGUAGGAUUUCCGCAAGGUAUGUGGGGUGUGAACCCGCGAAAACAACGCCGCGAACGGACCACCUUCACCCGGGCCCAGCUGGACGUGCUGGAGGCCCUGUUCGGCAAGACACGCUAUCCGGACAUUUUCAUGCGCGAGGAGGUGGCACUCAAGAUCAAUCUUCCUGAAUCACGAGUACAGGUAUGGUUCAAGAAUCGACGUGCCAAGUGCCGGCAGCAGCUCCAGCACCAGUCCUCAUCGAAUCUGAACAGCAGCAAAUCGUCCGGCGGCGGUUCGGCCGGCUCGGCGCGCUCGGGCCAGUCCGGCGGCAACAGCGGACCGUCCGGCAGCCAGUCCGGCUCGUCCGGCGGCACCGGCAGCAACAAUGGCAGCCACGGCGGCACCAAAAGCUCGAUAGUGAACGCCAACAACAAGCCGACGAUCAAGCACACGCCGAUGAACAACAGCCACAACGGUAGCGGGCCCGGCACGGGCAGCAAUGGCGGCGGUGCGGGCAGCCAGUCGAACCCGGCCGGCCCCAGCCAUAACGGGCCGCUCGGGCUGAGCCACAGCAACGCGUCCCCGAUACUGCCGAUCACACCGUCGACCUCCGUCAGCCCGCCGAUCAACGUGAUCUGCAAGAAGGAGCAACCCUCGUCCUACCAUCACGGGCCGGCCGGUGGCGGCGGCGGCGGCGGCGGCAACGAACCAUCCGGCAUGAAGCCGACCGGGUACGACCUGCUGAAGGACUCGGAGCUCAACCUAGCGCACCAUUCGUCCUCCGCCUACGUCAACAUCAACACGCGGCUAGGGCAGUCGCUCAGCUCGGUCGGCGGCGGCGGCGGUGUCGGCGGUGGCGUCGGCAGCGGCGGCGUGGGCAGCGGCGUGGGCGGCAACGGCAACGGGGGGCUCGGUGGCGUCGUCGUCGGGGUGGGUGGCGGGCUCGGCAACGGCCCGUCCGCCGGCAACCUCACGCCGCUCGGGUCGAACUCCUCCAUCAUGACGACGCCGUCGCCCCCGAUCACGCCCCAGACGUCCCACAAUCCGCUGUCGUACGUGCCGAACCACGAGACGUACAACUUCUGGCACAACCAGUACCAGCAGUACCCGAACAACUACAACACGCCGUCCUACUACAGCCAGAUGGACUACUUCCAGAACCAGAACCAGGGCAACUACAACAUGGGCCACACCGGCUACACCACCUCCGCCAACUUCGGGCUCGCGUCCACGUCCGCGCUCGCCGGCCCGAUGGGCUCGCAAACGUUCAGCCCGAACGGGCUCGACUACAUGAACCCGCAGGACAAGUACGUCAACAUGGUGUAAGCGGGCUGGCAGACAAGCAACGACGAGCGACGCUCAGCAUCCCAUAUCACACAAUCCCUCACAGAAAGGACGUCACUGAGGAGCACACACCUGUACCGGCGGCUCCACUAGCUUCAACACACUCCACACCCACACACACUCUUGAAGAGUGGAAUACACGCAGCAGCAGCAUCUGCCACUGCCGGUGAGCUAACACGAGCAGAUCAUAUCAAAACCGACAAACACGCGCUGAGAGAGCGAGCAGAGGGUCGAACAGCGCUGCUGCUACUACUACUCAAACGCCAUUACACAAGUACUCACUACUACACACACACACAACCAUAGCUAGUGUUGCGGUGCUGUGUUGCGGUGCUGCGAAGCGGAGAACGAUGCAUUGUUCCCCGUCGGAUGAACCUUUGCAGCGUGUCAGUGUGACCUCGUCACAGCUCUGAGCCAGGCCAUGGUGGAGCACGGUUUAGGUUUAGGAUACCGCACUACCACUACUACUACUACUACUACUACUACUACUACUACAAAACAGCAGAAGCGAUCGGGGAACGCGAUGCGAGAAGCAAACCCGCGGCGCAAGAGUAGACAAAUGUUAUAUCAAAUAGUUCAUAUCAGUAUUUUCUUAGCUGCCCGUGCGUGUGGGCGGGUGGGUUAGGCGGGUUGGGGGAAGAGGAGGAGGAGGAGGUCGUUCUUCUUUUUUGUUUCUGUGCUGUUUCUGUUGAUUGCAUGCGAUGUAUUGCCAUCUCACCCAUGAUGGUAUGGUGGUGCGUUCUUCGCGGAAAAGAAUA